AACAACUCCCACAUACAUGCAGCAGGAGAGGAUAUGCUCGAACAAUGGAUGACAUGAGUAGGGAAAGCUCAAAACCUGUAACAAGAGUUCAAGCUUUCUUAAAGACACACACAAAGAAGAAUGGUGAACCUGUGAAUGCACAAGCUGCUGAAGUUAUUGAGAAGCUACAAGUUCUUGCAAAUGAAAAACCAGAUUCAUGCACAACACAGAAUACUGUACAAGAUGCUCUCACUAUCAUAUUUGGUCCUGACAAGAAUGGUAGAUCAUUAGCUAAUGGGAGGGGAGUAACUAAUACAAAGUUAGCUAUUCUAAGAGCAAGAGAUGACCAUAUUUCACAAUUGGAAUCAAGUCAAUGUGAGAUGAAGAAUAAAAUGUCUGAGAUGAUGAAUCUUAUUAAUACUAUUGCAAAAAGUGUAAACAUUCAGGGGUUUACUCAACCAAGUGAAGCGGAGUCACACAUGCCUUCUCCUAUGAGUGUUAAUAAUCUGAAGUUCACUCCUGAAAACAAUGCUUGCAAUUUACUUGAUUGGAAUGGAAGUGGAGAAAUUGUUGCAGAAGGUCGAUGGUCUUCUAGUGAUCCUUUAUGUGAGGUGCAUCAUCUUCGUCUUGGGCCUAAUGCAAUGAGAGUUUGGGUUGAUGUUGCUAAGAAACCUACUGCAUAUUUAUGGAGACCAACAUCACAUAUGAGUACAAUUGAAGAAGCGGUUGGUUGCACUGUUGCUUGGCCUUCUAAUAAAGUUACAAUGAGGUAAAAUUUCAUGCAACUUAAAAAUGAUUUAUAAAUAGUACAACAAAUCAGCUGUAGUAACUAAUUAUAUCAUCAAAAUAUAUAGGAAAUGAACAUAAUGGAUGAA